AUGGCUGAAAGCAAGGAAAAUCCUGAAGAGGUUCUCACAUGUCCGAUUUGUGUAGAAACAUUCCGGAAACCAGUAACGUUACCAUGUCAGCACAGUUUUUGCAGGGAGUGUAUUUGUGUGUAUGCUGGCAAGUCUAAACCUGGACAGACUGAUGAGGUCUCCUGUAGCACGAGGAGUGAGAGUGGUGACAUCUCAUGCCCAGUAUGUCGGACACCAACCAGUCUGGGGAGAGAAGGUGUGGCUGGUCUGCCUCCCAACUUUCAUCUGGCUGAAAUAGUGGAGAGGUUCUCUUCUGCUGUGAAGGUUGAGGAUGAUACCCCAUAUUGUUCUCUGUGUGAGGAUGAUAAUCAGACUAAAGCUGUAAAGUUUUGUACUGACUGCUGUUUCCUAUAUUGUAAAGACUGUCUGGCUACUUUUCAUCCCAUGAGAGGGGCUGUUAAACGUCACCGGCUGAUUUCAUCCCUGGAGUACAUCUCUCAGGAAACCUCACAGCGACAGACCAGAGGCAGAGAUGAAGAAGCAACUCAGCAAGUGUCAUGUGCGAGACAUGGUCAGCCAUUCUGCUUGUACUGUGUACCCUGUCGGAGGGUGAUCUGUAUGGGGUGUGUGGUUGACCAUCCGAAACAUGCUAUGCAAGAUAUACCAUCUGCUGCGGAGAAUGACAAGGUAAUGCGAAAAAGACAUUCGUAUAUCAGCCAACAACCAAAAUGGAUGUUCUGA